GACUGCGUCGCGCGGUCCCGCUGCUUGUGCUGCUGUCACGAGCCCUGUGCAGCCCUGUGCAAGUCGCGGAAAGGAGGCAGGAUCAUUAUAGUAGACAUAUAAAUUGUCCACAAUUCCACAUUUACUUAACUUAGCCAGUGUUGCAUAUAACUGGACUGUAAUUUCAUUCCGGUAGAAAGGACUUAAGACUUUUUGCUGAGAGAUUUCGGUCAGCUGGUGAUGUAUUCCAAUAUUUGAAUGAUAUUGCUAGCCAGCUAGCCAGCUAGCUUAGCUAGCUUGACCGUGCGUGACUCGAAGCUAACUUACAUUCUCGGACAUUAUUUUCACCUCCAAAUAUCUGCCUGUGUUUUUCUGAUAAGUAGCCCUAUCGUGGCUGUCUUGAAUUCCGUUACAUUUCGCCGUAGAUAUUGUGCACUGCCACGGUCAGCAGCGCCCGUCGCUUCUAAUCCGAGAGGAAAGGAUUGAAUGAAAUAGCUGCCACAGCCAGCGGAAACGAGCCAGUUAACGGGGAUACCCUGCUGCUGGUUGAUCCACCGCCAUCCAGCUAAUCUAGCAAAUGCUAUCUGGGCUAACGUAGCCACCCACAAGCCUACAGCGAGACUGAUAGCUAAUCAUAAAGUUGUAGCUAACGACUGGGACUGUUAAGUAGUUAGCUCCUGCGAGCCCGGGGUUGAUUAGCUGGCCUUACUAGCCAACUGCCGUUAGUGUACAUUCCUAGUUAGACACCUUCCAGGCGAGGCCAAUUUGAAACGCUGACCAUCAGCUAAUUUUUUACUGCUAAGGCCGGAGCGAGGACAGAAACCUGCAAAAAUGCCGGCUGUGUCGAAGGGAGACGGAAUGCGCGGAUUAGCGGUGUUCAUUUCGGACAUUCGGAAUUGUAAGAGCAAGGAAGCUGAGAUCAAGCGGAUCAAUAAAGAGCUGGCCAACAUUCGCUCCAAGUUUAAGGGGGACAAGGCCCUGGAUGGCUACAGCAAGAAGAAGUAUGUCUGCAAGCUGCUCUUCAUCUUCCUGCUCGGCCAUGACAUCGACUUUGGACACAUGGAGGCUGUCAACCUGCUCAGCUCUAACAAGUACACAGAGAAACAGAUCGGCUACCUGUUUAUCUCAGUGCUGGUGAACAGCAACAGUGAGCUGAUCCGUCUGAUCAACAAUGCCAUCAAGAAUGAUCUGUCCAGCCGGAACCCCACCUUCAUGUGUCUGGCUCUGCACUGUAUUGCCAAUGUGGGCAGCAGAGAGAUGGCAGAGGCGUUUGCAAGCGAGAUUCCCCGCAUCCUCGUUGCUGGUGAUACCAUGGACAGUGUGAAACAGUCAGCUGCCCUGUGUCUGCUGCGCCUCUAUAAGACCUCUCCUGAUCUGGUGCUAAUGGGGGAGUGGACGUCCCGUGUGGUGCACCUCCUCAAUGACCAGCACAUGGGUGUUGUGACAGCAGCCAUCUCUCUCAUCACCUGUCUGAGCCAGAAGAACCCAGAUGAGUUCAAGACUUGCGUUUCCCUGGCCGUGUCCCGACUCAGCAGGAUUGUGUCGUCGGCUUCCACUGACCUUCAGGAUUACACCUACUACUUUGUCCCGGCGCCAUGGCUUUCUUGCAAGCUGCUGCGCUUGCUGCAGUGCUACCCACCACCAGAGGACGGUGCUGUCAAGGGCCGCCUGGUGGAGUGUCUGGAGACCAUUCUCAACAAGGCCCAGGAACCGCCCAAAUCCAAGAAGGUCCAGCAUUCCAAUGCCAAGAACGCCAUUCUUUUUGAGGCUAUCUCCCUCAUCAUCCACUAUGACAGUGAGCCCAACCUUCUGGUGCGCGCCUGUAACCAGCUGGGCCAGUUUCUGCAGCACAGGGAGACCAACCUGCGCUACCUAGCUCUGGAGAGCAUGUGCACUCUGGCCAGCUCUGAGUUCUCCCAUGAAGCCGUCAAGACACACAUCGAGACUGUCAUCAACGCUCUCAAGACUGAGAGGGACGUGAGUGUUCGUCAGAGGGCAGCUGAUCUGCUCUAUGCCAUGUGUGAUCGCAGCAAUGCCAAGCAGAUUGUAGCCGAGAUGCUCAGCUACCUUGAGACAGCCGACUACUCCAUCAGAGAGGAGAUGGUGCUGAAGGUUGCCAUCCUGGCAGAGAAGUAUGCUGUGGACUAUUCUUGGUACGUGGACACCAUCCUCAACCUCAUCCGCAUAGCUGGUGACUACGUCAGCGAGGAGGUAUGGUAUCGUGUCAUCCAGAUUGUCAUCAACCGAGACGACGUGCAGGGCUAUGCCGCAAAGACUGUUUUUGAGGCCUUGCAGGCUCCUGCCUGCCAUGAGAACAUGGUGAAGGUGGGAGGCUAUAUUCUUGGAGAGUUUGGUAACCUCAUCGCUGGUGACCCACGUUCUAGUCCCUUGGUCCAGUUCAACCUCCUUCACUCCAAGUUCCACCUGUGCUCGGUGCCAACCCGGGCCCUGCUACUGUCAGCCUACAUCAAGUUCAUCAAUCUGUUCCCAGAGACCAAAAGCACCAUCCAGGAGGUGCUGCGCUCCGACAGCCAGAUCCGGAACUCGGAUGUGGAGCUGCAGCAGCGUGCUGUCGAGUAUCUCAAGCUUUCCUCCAUCGCUAGCACCGAUGUCCUGGCCACUGUACUGGAGGAGAUGCCUCCCUUCCCAGAGAGAGAGUCAUCCAUUUUGGCCAAGCUGAAAAAGAAGAAGGGUCCUGGCGCUGUGUCAGUGUCAGAGCUAGAGGAAGGCAAGAGGGAGGGUGGGGAGCUGAACGGAGGAAGCGACAGGGGGGCAGACACAGCAGCCAUGGCUGCCUCCAAUGCUUCCACCCCAUCCCCGCAAGCAGAUCUACUUGGGCUUCGAUCUACAGCUCCAGUUGGUUCUGCUGCACCCAGCGCUGGCAGUCUACUGGUGGAUGUGUUCAGCGAGGCUGGGCCUGCCACCCCCUCUGCUGCUGUGAAUGAUGAUGGCUUUCUAAGAGAUCUGGAACAGCCCACUGAGACCUCUGACUCCCUAUUGGUGGAGGGUCCUGGUGACUCAGACUCUGCUCCUCCCUCUGAGGAUCCUGCCCCUCCUCUGUCUGAGGCAGAUGAGCUUCUUAACAAGUUUGUGUGCAAGAACAACGGCGUUCUAUUUGAGAAUCAGCUGUUGCAGAUUGGCAUCAAGUCAGAGUACCGCCAGAACCUGGGGAGAAUGUACCUAUUCUAUGGUAACAAGACGUCAGUGCAGUUUGCCAGCUUCACCACCACAGUCAGCUGUCCUGGGGACCUACAGUCUCAGCUCAACGUUCAGACCAAGCCAGUGGAGCCCCUGGUAGAGGGAGGAGCCCAAGUCCAGCAGGUUCUCAACAUCGAGUGUCUGACCGAUUUCUGUGACGCCCCGCUACUUAACAUCAAGUUCAGAUAUGGAGGUGCUCUACAGAACCUAACCUUGAAGCUGCCAGUCACCAUCAACAAGUUUUUCCAGCCCACUGAAAUGGCCUCACAUGACUUCUUUCAGCGCUGGAAACAGCUCAGCCAGCCCCAGCAAGAAGCACAAAAGAUAUUCAAGGCCAACCACAGCAUGGAUACUGAAGUACUUAAGGCCAAGCUGUUGGGCCUUGGCACAGCCCUGCUAGACAAUGUGGAUCCAAACCCAGAGAACUACGUCUGUGCUGGAGUAAUCCAGACCAAGAACCAGCAGGUCGGCUGUCUGCUGAGGCUGGAGCCCAACGCCCAAGCACAGAUGUACCGUCUGACCCUGCGCUGCAGUAAAGACUCGGUGUCCAGACGUCUCUGUGAGCUGUUGGCCGAACAGUUCUAGAGUCCGGGACCUCCCAUCAUGACCAAUACUCCCAGUACCCCUCCCAACCGACCAAACCACCAAGACCAGCGACCCUUCAUCUGACCCCCCCCCCACCCACCCACCCUUCCCCGCCCCCCGCCCCCCCUCCACCCCCCCAUUAUCUCCUUUUCCAUAAAAUAAAGAAUCUAUGAGUAUAAAAAGGUGUAACCUACAUAAGGGAAAAAGCAGCUGUCGCUAGCAGCGGCAGCUAUAUUAUUGUCAUUAUUCUUGUUCCUGAUUCUGAUUCCAUUUCUUCCUGUUUCUUAUCAUGAUGCUACAUACUUGUUUUUUUGGUGUUUACCUGUGUAGCUGCUGUGUAUGGCCUGGAGUGUGUGUGUCCCACAGUUGUGCUGGUGUCCCAUUCCGCUCCGUCCUGACUGCUCAGUAGUACUGAGAGAGAGAGAGAGAGAGAGUGAGAGAGAGAGAUAAGGUGGUAUAUAAGCAGGGAGAUUUUGUCAGUUUUACAUCUUUUCAAAUGGGAGAAAUUGCUCUUCAAACAUACACUCCCCCACCCACCCACAUACACACACACAUGCGCACACACGUCUUAGGCAUGUAUAUUUCCACGCUGGACUAUGGUGGGUCACACUAAGCAUUACGCCCUGCCUACCAGCUCUUCCCAGUGAGUUCUUCGCAGCAUUCCCAGUACGGCCAGUGCACUUUAGGCUUGGAGAGCCUUGUGUGACCAUCCAGAGCGAGCCCUCCGCCCCACACACAGAUCCAGUACUUUACUUUCUUUUGAAAAAGGACUGAUUUGUCUUCUGAAAUCGCGAUAAAGUAGCCUUCUUAUGUUUUGAUGAGCUAGUGAAGUAGUUUGUGUAAUUGAUGUGUCGGUUAUGUGUCUCUGCCAGGGGGUCUUGCUUUCCGGGACGUUCCCAUCAAGCUUGUCCGGAGUUAUUUGUCCAUACAUCCCAACCCCGACAGCCCCCCUUUUUUCUUUUUUUUCUUCCUUUCUCUCUCUUUUUAAGGAAAACUGGAGAAGCGGGGAGGUUUACAGUGUUAAAACAAAGAGAUGGAAGCCGGGCUCUUCCUUUGAAAGCUCAUCGACACAUCUUAAAUCCGUCCAAAAGUGGACAGGAAGACCAGACCAGGUUUCACUGAUUUGGUCAAGACAGGAGAUUUAGCCAGGCUUACAUUUAUAUUAUUAUCUUCGCUCCUACUCAUCGUUCAGGGAGGAGCACUUGACUGAAAGAUUAGUGCCACCAAAUCUGAGCUACGCACAGGCACAAAACAGAUAUUUGAAGUAGACACUGAUUUAAAGCAAAAUGAAUCCUGAGACCCAUAUAGCUUAUUAUUAUUAUGUGUAUAAUCAUACAUAGAGUACUUAUUUUAGACCGCUUUGAGUCAUGUCAGCUGGGUUUCCAUUCACACAUAAGCACUGACAUCGUUGGAGAGACCAGGAUGACCAACAUGACACCCAUUCUGUGUUUGUGUGUGUGUGUGUGUGUGUGUGUAUGUGUGUGUGUGAGAGAGAGAGAUGGCGCGGUUGUAAGCAAGUUUGGGGGUUUAAAAAAAAAAAAAAGAAGCCUGAUGACAUUUCUGAUACAUGGUCAUAUUAGUUCAACAGGCAUUGCGUCCUGUCAUUGUGCAGCAAUCACAGGACAUUGAACUUUGUAGUGGAAAAUGUAGUCAUUUUCUUGUUCUGCGUGCGAGUGUGUGUGUGUAUGUGUGUGUGUUUGAGAGCGUAUGAGCGUGCGUCUGCAGCAUCCACUAGCUAAUGCAGCCCCAUGUAUCGGUGUUAAAAAUCUGUCAAAUACCUGUGUUAGAUUUAAGAUUUACUCUGUACUGAAUAAUGUGAAAGUAAAACUAUGCCGUAUACUCAA